GGGGGCUGGGUGCAAGGGGAGGGCUUGCAGAUAGAGGCUGGGCCAGGGCGGGGCGGGGUGCAGGGGGGGGCGGGCAUGUGGACGCAGCCCCGGGCGGGGCUCAGGAAGCCGGGGCGGGAGGCAGGCGGCGCCCAGGAAAGCCCCGCAGCGGCCGGCACCCGGGGCUCCCCACUUUCCGCGCGGGCGCCGGCGGGGCGGAUGGACCGGGGCACCCAGCAGGUGUCGUAGCGUCUCCCAAUGGGGCAGCCGAGCUCCUGGCUCACACUCUCUGUGAGCUGUCUGAUGCUGGUGUGGCUGGCAGGCUGUGGGAGCAUCCGGGUCCUGGAUGAACCCACCUGCUACAGUGAUUACUACAACACUUCUGUCUGCGAGUGGAAGAUGGAUGUCCCCACCAACUGCAGUGCCCAGCUCCACCUGUCCUACCAGCUGAAGUUCAGCUUUGAGGAGGAGGGGAACCACACGUGUGUGCCUGAGAACCAAGCUGGCACGUGGUGCAGGUGCAUCAUGCCCAUGGACAUCAUCGUGGCGGGGGAUACCUACCAGCUGGACCUGUGGGCUGGGGAGCAGCUGCUGUGGAAUGGCUCCUUCAGGCCCUCCCAGCAUGUGAAGCCCAAGGCCCCCAUAAACCUCGGGGUUCACAAAGUCACCAACAUGUGGGUGCUGACAUGGAACACCUCUUACAACGCUGAGGACUAUCUGAACGAGCUGCUCUAUCUGGUCAAUGUCUCCAAAGUGGAUGACCCUGCGGAUUUCAAGAUCUAUAACAUCACCUACAACGAGAUGAUCCUGCAGAUUGCAGGCUCCACCCUACAGUCUGAGGCCUGGUACAGUGCCCGGGUGAAGGCUUUGGCUCAGGGCUACAGUGGUACGUGGAGUGACUGGAGCGCCAGCAUCCGGUGGAAGAACUACUUCCAUGGGCAGCGCAUAGAGGAAAGAGUAGAGAUAGGAGUGGUCCUGUCCUGCCUGUUCAUCAUGGUCAUCUGUGUGUCCUGCUACUGCAGCAUCAUCAAGCUUAAGAAAGAGUGGUGGGACCAGAUCCCCAACCCGGCCCGCAGUCCCCUCAUGGCCAUCAUCAUCCAAGACUCGCAGGUGACCCUGUGGAAAUGCCCCCGAACUCAGGAGACAGCCAAACCCCCACACUGGAAGACGUGCCUCGCCAAGCUGCUGCCCUGCCUCUUGGAGCACCCCCAGGAACCGGGGGAGGAUCCCCUCAAGGCAGCCCCGGAUGGAGCCUGGAGAGGUGGCGGGGGACGGGAGCGGCACCCCCUGGAGGUCAGCAGGAUGGUGCUGAGGCCCGAGAGCAUCUGCGUGGAGCCAGUGAAGCUGCAGGAGGUGCCGCGGCUGGAGCAGAAGCAGGAGGAGGAGGAGCAGGAGGAGGAGGAUUGGGAGCACGAGGAGAGGCCCAGCCUGUGCCCCGAGCCCAGCAAGGGCGGCUUCCCGGGCAGCAGGGAGGACAUCGCAGCCCGGCUGGCGGGGAGCCUGUUCCUGGACCUCCUCGGGGCGGGCGACCAUGGGGACCUCGCAGUGCCUGGUCCUCCUCCACCCCCGGGGAGCCAGCCCUCGAACCCAGAGCUGGAGCCCUGGACCACAGGGCCCCAGCACCCCGCUGUGGUCACGGACAAUCCCGCCUACCGCAGCUUCACCCACUCCCUGAGCCCGGACCUCCAGCCGGCCGAGGGCCCCGGGGAGGGUCACCCCGACGUGCUCCCCGACGUGCACCCCGACGUGCACCCCGACGUGCACCCCGACAUGCACCUUGCACCCCAGCUGCAGCCCGAGCCGGAGACCUGGGAGGCACUGCUGCGCCUGCAGGUCCUGCAACACAGAGGGGCCCCGGGAGGCACCGGGGCCACCGGCUACAAAGCCCUCCCCGGCCUGCUGGCCUGCAGCGCCGCCUGCUGGGGAGACCCCGGGGUGCAGGCCAGCGGGGGUGGGGGCUACCGGCCCUUCCAGAGCUUGGCUCCUGGGGACCCCGGCACCCCCAGCUCGCCCCGCCUGGCCCCCCUGUUCACAUUCGGACUGGACACAGAGCCCCCCGAAGGUGCUCGGGUGAAGCCCCCGCCGCCCCCCGAGGCGCCCCCCGAGGAACUGGGCAGCGGCGUGGUGUACUCGGCACUCACCUGUCACCUGUGCGGCCACCUGAAGCAGCGCCACGGCCAGGACGACACCCCCGCAGCCGUGCCCUGCUGCGGCUGCUGCUGUGGGGACACAGCCACCCCCCUGGGCAGCCCCCCAAAGGCUCACCUCGCAUCCAUCUGCCCACCACCCUUGGGCGGCCCCCAGGAGGGGAAGCUGCCUGCCCCCUGCUUGAGCCAGACCCCCACAGGGGUGGCCGCCAUGCUGUCCCCAGGGCCCCACAGCACGACUGUGUCCUAGGUGCUCCUAUAGAUUUCUGGCUGUGAGACAACCACCGCCUCCAGGGAGGCCUCUGAGCCUGCAGCUUCCCAGAAACUCCCGUUAAGGAAACUGGUGGGAAAUUCCUGGCUUUCCGAAGUGAAAGACAGUCACUGCCCGGAGCUGCACGCCCACUGGACAGCACAUCAGGCUGUGGACACGCUCUGGGCUGUGAGGGGUGUGGAGGGGGGCUGCUCUGUCAUGUGGGGUUACCCAUCAGGCAGCAGUUGGCUGUCAGGGUCCUACUCAGCUGCAGGACUGUUACACUUGAGGACCUCCAGAUUAAACACGUUUCCGAGUCUGUAAACCAAUCAAA